UUUUUAAAUUAAAGUUUCGGGCGGUAUUUUGCUGCCUUUGUAGUUUUAUCCAACAUCGCGAGACUGUUCAUGAAGUUCUUGUGACUGUGACAAAAUGGCGCUUUCCACCUAUUAAAGUUCCGGAAUAACUGGAAUCUGUCCAAUCAUUGGAAGAAAAAGACAGUGAAGAUGAAGGGAACAUGAUGUGAUCUUGCAGCUACCUGCUCAGACACUGGCAUUCUGCAUCACUUAGAGUCGAGGUUGGAAGAGGGAUCUGCAUGUUGUGAGAUACCAGGCACGAGUGUGCAGGAGUCAAUGAAAGUGCAGAGUAAGUAAAACAUCAUUCCAUUGAUCUGACUGAGAAACUGAGGUCGCAGUGUAAGACACCCCAAGAUUGAAAAGAGUGGAAAGGAAAUAAGAUUUUGAAAAGAAACUUGUAAUGUGGCUGAGAUAGAUCCGUACUUAGUAUUUGAAAAUAAUCAUCAUCACUGCAACAAAGUUUUAAGGCUUUGCAACUUUUGGAGGAUGCCAGUUUCAACACGUGCUUUACAACAGAUGGCUAUAUACUUGGGAAUAGUGUCUGGAGGAGGAUGCGCGGUUAUGUAUUACCUUAUGCAGCAAAAUUUUGCCAAGUCAGAAUACUACAAGUUGGCAAUUGAAGAGCUCAACAAAAAUGACACAGCUCUAGAAGCCCUGGGAGCUCCACCACUGCAGGUCCGAAAUAUCAAACUCACAGACAGGAACAAUCGUGUGGAUAGAAUAAGUGCAAGGAUCAAAAUCCCAGUAUGUGGAACGAAAUCAGCUGGAUAUCUCCACACCUAUUCUGUUAGAGACAGUGUACAACAGAGAUGGUUUCUACAAGAAGCUGUGUUGCAGUUGCUGGAUGGCCAACAAGUUUCAGUUUACCCCUCGACCAAGGAUGAAGACCGUCAAUGUUAAUACACGUGCAAAACUAUUCUUCAAGAUGCCAUUCAAUUUCUGAUGCUAUUUUAAAAAUAAACACAGCCAAUUAAAAAAGUGAA